UGUAGUCAUGGCAAUGUUGCCGCGCCACUCGCGUACAUAAAUUUAUGCUAAUAGUAAACUGAUUAACUAAUCAGUAAACUAAUUAUCAUUAUUCGUUUCCCACAAAAAUUUUACCAUUAUCAAAAGGGAGCACUUUUUGUUGUAGUACUUCAGAAACUAUCGAAUGCCAGAACCAUGUUCGAAGGGAAAAGCUUUGUAAUAGUUACAGGGUCUAGCAAAGGUUUUGGCAAAGCUGUUACAAAAUUGCUAGCCAGUGAGUUUUCUCAGAACGAAAAUGCAAAAAAAUCAGUGUUUGUGCUAGUGGCUCGGUCUAAGCAAGAAUUAGAAGAAACAAAAAAUACUGUGCUUGAAAUGUCGAGUUGUGCAACUGUUCAUGUAGUUGUGGCCAACCUGGCUGACUUGAACAGCUUGGAUAAUGUGAUCUCGUGCAUACUCUCUUUGAGCAAUAACCCAAGUGAUUAUUCUUGUGCUAUGUUAUUAAACAAUGCAGCUUGUGUUGGUGACAAACUCAUGUCCAUUUCUGGUGAAAACAAUCUUUCUGACAUUCGAGAAUAUAUGGAUUUUAAUAUCACAUCCAGUGUAUAUUUGACUUCAUGUUUUAUCAAGCAUUUUUCUUCAAUCAAGACCUAUGUCAUUAAUAUAUCAUCAUUAUGUGCUAUUCAAGCAAUGCCUUCUUUAUCUCUUUAUUGUACUGGAAAAGCUGCUCGGGACAUGUUUCAUCAAGUCUUAGCUAAAGAAUCGAGUGACAUUCGUGUUUUGAAUUAUGCACCUGGACCUAUGGAUACUGCAAUGUAUGACAAGAUAAUUAAGGAUUCUGACAGUGAACAUAUAAGAAAUUCUUUUUGUCAGCUAAAAUCUGAGAAAAAAAUUUUAAAACCAGAAACUUCAGCCAAGAAACUUGUCCUUAUAUUAAAAGAAGAUCGUUAUCAGUCUGGCAGGCACAUUGACUACUUUGACGACAUGCCUUAGAAAAAUUCUAUAAAACCUAAGUGUGUAGAAUAGUGUUACCACUUUCACUUGUGCAUGAAAGUUAUUUCAUUUUCUGAUCAAUAACAACCAAAACAAAGAAUAUCUCAUCAAUUUAUUGUAGAGGAUAACCUUGUAUUAAACUGAGUAUCUAUCUAGUAUAUGAAUAACAUGAUGUAAUGAAAUUUACCUCUUGACUGCAUGAUAUUUGAAAUGAAAUGAUGAUAUGGCUACAAUUCAAUUAAAUUUAUGUCUAAAAACAUUGCCUGUAUAUUUAAAAUAAAAUAUUUGACCUCCUAUUAA